AUUUAAUGGAAACUUUCCCCGCUUCUUCAACGAACUUCCUUCUGGAAACUGUGCCCCACUCAACGCCAAAGGACAGUUUCAUCGCCAUAUAUACUACAUACUCAAGGUUCUUCAGAAAGCAGAGAAUCAUUCCCGAAAACCCGAAACGUAAAGAAAAGUAUGGCUGGCCAUCGUUCUCGCUCUCGCUCAGCAGAUUCUAAGACAUCCCCCGAAUUCAAACGAAGAAAGUACGAGGACGACGACCAAGGCGCCGACAAAAGGUCCUCAAAAGACGGUGCUCGAGAUUCGAAGGAUCGCUCUUCAUCGAAACGCCACCGCUCCGAACGUGAUCGCGACUCCAGCCGCCGGGACCGUAGUAAAGAGCGGUCCCGUCACUCCCGGGAUACUCGCGAUAGACACCGAGAUCGGGAUGGAGACAGAGAACGGAGGGAUGACAGAGAGAGCGCACAUGCCGCAAGUAGUUUCCCGCCCCGCGGCAACGGCCGUGAUGUACAUCAAAAUGAGCAGACGGUAAGAUCGGAAGGACGAACUUCCCACCGUCCAUCGAGCGAUGCGUUGGACAACGGUAGAGUGGACCAACGGCAGCAGAGUAAUGGUCAGAUCCACUCAACAGGGCGAACAGAUCUUGCAAGUACCCAGUCAUCCGCCAAGAAGGAAGAUCUGAAAGCCGAAGGAGGAACGUCGAAGGUUACCACUGCAGCUACGGAUGCCGAAGAAAAGUUACGACAGCGGAGGGAAAAGAUUGAGCAGUGGCGUCGUGAAAGGCUAGCCAAAGAGGCGGCUGAGAAAGGCGGCGCGGAGAAUGCAACUGCCUCACCGGGCAGCCCGGUUGUGUCCAGUCCGGCGGUCAAGCCAGAGGCACAGAAAGCAGAACUUCAACCUGUUUCGCGAGUGCCCUUAUCCGCUGCCAAGCCUCAUGCGGGGAAGGCACCUCUGGCUAAAGUAGCACCGAAAAUCUCGUUUGUUAAACCGGGCAGAAUCGGUAUUUCGAUGAAACCGACUUCGUUCGGAAAAGGGCCCUCAGUAAAUUCUAGACCCUCUGCCUUCGGUUUGGACGAUGACGACGAUACUCCGAAGAUGUCGACGUUGCCUGGCCGGAAGCUGCGCAUCGCGGGACCGGACGACAUGGACACCGAAGAGACGGCUCCCGUGCCUGAUGAUGGUGGAGAAGAUACACUGGACGCCUUCAUGGCUGAUGUCAGCACAGAAGUUCAGAGACUCAACGACGAAGACUUGCAAACUCAGCAACAGAACCAGUCGACGACACCAAUGGACGUCGUUGAAGGCGACGAUCAGGCGGAGGAUGACGGUGAUCAGAGCGAUACACCGGAAGACUUGAUCGCUGCAGCAGCCAAGAAACUGGCAGCCAAACGGAAGGAUCUCGCUCCGGUAGAUCAUAGCACGCAAUCAUACGAGCAAUUCAGGAAAGAUUUCUACAUAGAGCCCCCGGAACUCGCCGAUAUGACACCUGAGGAGGUUGACGCGAAGCGCAUAGAACUGGACGGUAUCAAGAUCCGUGGAGUCAAAUGCCCGAAGCCAAUCGAGAAAUGGACGCAGUUUGGAUUACCUGGUGGAGUGGGAGACGUCAUUCGUAAAGUUCUCAAGUACGAGAAACCCUCUUCAAUCCAAGCCCAAGCGAUACCGGCGAUCAUGAGUGGAAGAGACGUCAUUGGUAUCGCCAAAACCGGAUCUGGCAAGACGAUUGCGUUCCUGCUGCCCAUGUUCCGACACAUCAAGGACCAGCGACCCCUUGAGCCCCAAGAGGGGCCUGUCGCAUUGAUCAUGACACCGACUCGCGAGCUUGCAGUCCAAAUCCACAAGGAAUGCAAAUACUUCGCAAAGGUGUUGAACCUCCGCGCAGUAUGCUGUUACGGCGGGUCUCCAAUCAAAGAUCAGAUUGCUGAACUGAAGCGUGGCGCUGAGAUCAUUAUCUGCACGCCCGGACGCAUGAUCGAUUUGCUGUGCGCUAACAGCGGACGCGUCACGAAUCUGAAAAGGGUGACAUAUCUCGUAUUGGACGAGGCCGACCGCAUGUUUGACAUGGGCUUUGAACCUCAAGUCAUGCGGAUCGUCAACAACGUGCGGCCAAGCAGGCAAACCAUCCUGUUUUCGGCAACCUUUCCUCGGAAAAUGGAAGCACUUGCCCGGAAGAUUUUGAAAAAGCCUCUGGAAAUCACGGUUGGAGGACGCAGUGUUGUCGCUUCGGACGUUACGCAGAUCGUGGAGGUCUUACAGGACGAUAACGCGAAGUUCUUGCGACUGCUCGAGAUUCUCGGCAAGACAUUCCACGAAGACGACGGGGCGAAGAUCUUAAUCUUCACGGAUCGUCAAGAAGCGGCGGACAACCUGCUCACCCAGCUUCUACGUAAAGGCUACCCUUGUCAGUCUUUACAUGGAGGCAAGGAUCAAGCCGACCGUGAUACCACAAUUACUGAUUACAAAACGGGGAACACAAACAUCUUGAUCGCCACGUCCGUCGCCGCACGUGGGUUGGACGUUAAGCAACUUAAAGUUGUUAUUAAUUACGAGUGCCCGAACCACAUGGAGGAUUACGUUCAUCGUGUUGGGCGUACCGGUCGUGCUGGAAAUAAGGGUACUGCGUACACAUUUAUUACGCCUGAGCAGGACAGGUUCGCGGUCGACAUCAUGAAGGCCCUUACGAUGAGUGAGGUGCCGAUUCCGGACGAUCUCCAGAAGCUGUCAGACGCGUUCAUGGAGAAAGUCAAAGCAGGCGCUGCCCAAUUCUCCUCCUCUGGAUUCGGCGGGAAAGGGCUAGAGAAGUUGGAAAAAGAGCGUGAUAUCGUGAAGAGGAUUCAGAAGAAGGCGCACGGUGGACAGUACGAGGAGGAAGAAGAGGAGGAAGAGGAAGAGAAAGAAGUCAAGUUCGAGGCCAAGGCCGUCCCAUCGGGCGCCGCCCCUCCUCGAGAAACGGCAGCUCCAGCCGCAACCAACGCCACCGGCGGCGACCCGCGGUUCAAAGCCGCCGAAGAAGCCGCCGCGAAGGUCAACGCCUCGAUCGGCGCCACCGGAACCGCGCGGGCCCUCGACAUCAUCGCCGAGAUCAACGCCAAAGCCAAAGCCGGAAACGCCGGUUUGCCCGGGUUCGGAGGAGCGUCCGAGGACAAGAAACAGUCUGCGGAGGCUGCCUUUGCGUACGAGAUUGAGAUCAAUGAUUACCCCAAGAAGGCUCGGUGGCGCGUCACCAACAAGGAGCAGAUCUCGCAGAUUAAUGAGCUCAGUGGUGCGGCUAUCACUACACGCGGGACCUUCUUCCCGCCGGGGAAGCAGCCGGGGCCGGGCGAGCGGAAGUUGUACUUGUUUAUCGAAGGAGACACGCAACUCGUCAUCGACAAAGCCAAGGUCGAGAUCAGGCGCAUCAUCACGGAAGCUACCAUCUCGAGUAUGGAGAGCGAAGCCGCUGGUGGGGCUCGAUACUCUGUUGUUUAGAUUGUGGAACGAAGGGCGGUGUAGCUACUUGCUAGGUAGUGUAUCGUUUCUGCGAAUAGCAUCGAAAUGCUUCGGAUUGGAAUAAAUCUCACGCUGCGAUGGAAGUCGCGCCUUGAAUUCGGGAACCUCAUGGGAGAGAGUAUCCUCCCCUUUCCUAUUGUGACGUCGCAGCUGAACGCAAACAGGGGACGUAUGCGUCUCCCUGGGCUAAGUGGCUGAAGGGGUGAUGUGGCCUCUGCUUGCUGGGCGGUGCACUUGUCCCCUUUUACCCUUUGCGGCGGCGGUGGCGGCUGGGGCAGCAGACAGCUUUGUUCAUAUCUUCG